CCUAUGUAAACAGAGCCUCGAUGUUGUUCACAUCCGACAGGACUUAUGCGUCGCUACUUUUUAACACUAAGGAAGGACCCAGGUGCUAAUAGUUAACCUCGUUGUGCAGAGUAUCCCUUUUACUCCACCAAAAUGUCAAAACUAGAUUUGUUUAGAGGAUUUAUCCGUGAGAGACUAUCAACGGCAGCUUUAGAGAUUUUUGCAGCGUUUAAAAAAACGUUUGCUGAGUUCCAAGAAGAAAUGUAUAAUUCCAAGGAGCAGAGCGCGCGGCUCAAACGAUUGUUGGACAUUGUUACUCCACCGGAGAUCAAGAUACACCAAAUAGAAGUGCAGCAGCUCUCUCUCCUGGAGCCCCCACAUAUUAAAGAGGAACAGGAGCUGUGGACCAGUCAGGAGGAAGAGCAGCUCCAAGGACUGAAGUCUGAAACUACAGAUCCUAGAUUUAACAUGGAGUCCACGUUUUUAAACGUCAGAAUGUCUCAAUUAAAUGAAAUAAGAGAACUCUUUGGUGAAAUAAUAACAACGGCAGCUUUGAAGAUUUACUGGGCCGCUGAGAAACCGUUUGCAGGGUACCAGGAAGAAAUCUCUCGUUCCACGGAGGAGAGCGCACAGCUCCAACGGCUGUUGGACGUUGUUACUCAACCUGAGAUCAAGCUACAGCGAAUAGAUGUGCAGCAGCUCUCUCUCCCGGAGCCCCCACAGAUUAAAGAGGAAGAGGAGCUGUGGACCAGUCAGGAGGAAGAUCACCUCCAAGGACUGCAGUCUGAAACUACAGACUCCAUAUUCACUUCUCUCAGUGUGAAACAUGACUCUGAUCAGGAGGGCUCCUCUGAAUGUUCACAUCUGGACCAGACUGUUAAAGUGGACAAAAGAGAAGGAGACUCUCUACCCACCAACACAACUGAGGAGCAAAUCAAAGCAGAGCCUCAUGUACAAGACUAUGCAGCACCAGAACCAGGCAGUGACUCUCAGCCUGUCUCUGUUGUAGCACCAGACUGUCCUGCAGCUCAGAGUUUGGAGGAAGAACAUGGAGGAGUGAUGCUUUUACAGAACAGAACACAAAACAAUGAGGCUCUUUCAGGGGACAAUAGACCACAGGGAAGUCACACAGAUAAACCUAAUCAGUGUCAACAAUGUAAGAGACUAUUUCCUGACAAAAGUGCUCUUCUUAAACACAUGAGUACACACUCAGGAGAGAAACCUUUUCAGUGUCAGGAAUGCAGUAAGACGUAUACCCGUAAAGAUGGUCUGUUUAUCCAUAUGAGGACACACACAGGUGAGAAACCUUUUCAGUGUCAAGAAUGCGGAAAGAAGUUUAGCUAUGAAGGCAGUCUCCUUCGCCAUAUGAUGAUACACACAGGGGAGAAACCAUAUAAGUGUCAGGAAUGUAGUAAGACCUUUUAUGAUCAAUAUAACCUGAAACUCCACCUGAGAUCUCACACUGAACAUAAGACACACACAGGUGAGAAACCAUAUGAGUGUCAGGAAUGCGGAAAGACCUUUAGCCAUGAAUACAAUCUCCUUCUCCAUAUGAAGAUCCACACAAGCGAGUGUCCACAUCGUUGUCAAGAAUGUAAAAAGAACUUUAGUCGCAAGGACCAUCUGGUCAGACACAUGCGGACACACUCAGGAGAGAGGCCUUUUAUAUGCCAAGUAUGUGACCAGGGUUUUCUGGCAAUCGAGCAUCUAGUUAGACAUAUGAGGACUCACACAGGAGAUAAACCAUAUCAGUGUCAAAAGUGCAAGCGAUGCUUUGCUCAAAAAAAUGUUCUGGACAGUCAUAUGAGGACUCACACAGGAGAAAAGCCAUAUCAGUGUCAAAUGUGUCAGAAAUGCUUUGCUCAAAGAAAUAAUCUGGACGGUCAUAUGAGGACUCAUACAGGAGAGAAACCAUAUCAGUGUCAAAAGUGCAAGCGAUGCUUUGCAAAAAAAAAUGUUCUGGACAGUCAUAUGAGGACUCACACAGGAGAGAAACCAUUUCAGUGUCAAAAGUGCAAGAAAUGCUUUUCUCAAAAAAAUAGUGUGGACGCUCACAUGAGGACUCACACAGAUGAGGGACCAUAUGAGUGUAAAAUAUGCAAAAAAUGUUUCACAUAUAAGCGCAGUUUCCUUGAUCACGAAAGGAUCCAUGCUGGUAGAAAAGAAUAUCAGUGUCAGGAAUGUAAAAAAUGCUUCAAUGUGGAGACAUCUUUGUCAACACAUAUGAAGAAACAUCAUGGACAGAAAUCCCAUCAGUGAUGAGUGUUGUUUCUAUAUCAGUUUUAAUGACUAAAUGUGUCAACAAAUAGAGUUGCAGAAAUGUAAAUUGUAUUUGUGUUCAGAUAUGCCAAAUAUGAAGCUAUUGUUGGGGUGGAGGCAAUUUUAUGAAAUGUAAUAUUUUUACCAGCAAUAUUUUUAAUAAAGUGUUU